CGGAGAGAUUCUCACAGUAGAAGUUAGCUGCCUCUUCCUUCCUUCUCUUGCUCUUUCCCCCAUUUCUCAGUGUGUGAAUGCUACGAAAGAAAGGAAAAAUAUUAAUUAAGAGAAAGAAUUGUAGGAAAAUCGAAGCAGCAAGAUGACGGAGGCGGUGAUAAGGAAGAAGGCGGGAAUGGCAAGCGUGAAAGAUAUGCCGGUGCUGCAGGACGGUCCGCCGCCGGGUGGUUUUGCGCCGGUCAGGUUUGCUCGGCGGAUCCCGAACAAGGGCCCCAGCGCCAUGGCGAUUUUCCUGGCCGCUUUUGGUGCUUUCUCGUGGGGCAUGUACCAGGUCGGCAAAGGAAACAAGAUUCGGAGGGCAUUGAAGGAAGAAAAAUAUGCUGCUCGCAGGGCUAUAUUGCCAAUGCUUCAAGCUGAAGAAGAUGAGAGAUUUGUCAAAGAAUGGAAGAAGUAUCUUGAGGAAGAGGCCAGAAUCAUGAAAGAUGUGCCGGGUUGGAAAGUGGGCGAAAGUGUCUACCACUCUGGACGGUGGAUGCCUCCUGCAACAGGCGAGCUCCGACCUGAUAUCUGGUAAUCAUUUCUGGUCAUUCAAUAGGGCACGGAAUGUGGCAAAAACAGCAUUUGUUCCCUGAAAGCUUCUUUAGCUUUUCUUCUGCUUGCUUUCCUGAUUAAAUAAGGACAGCAUUCAAAAUUCAGUUCAAAUUAUAUCCACGAUGAUUUGAAGCUAAUAGCUACAUGACCAUAUUGAUCACUUUCAUGGCCCCUUUAUAACAGUGCAGAGUUUUGAGUUUAAGAGCUUUUACCUCAA